UGUUGUUGAGACGCGCACCGCACACAUACACGUUUUUACGCGGCGAGUGCAGUCUCUGCAAGUCAGUUUGUUUCGGUCAUCGGUCGUGAGAAGAUCCGCUCCUAACCUAGUGUGGUUUCGGCUACAAAUACAUCUGGACAUCUGAUCUAGAUGGGUUGACAUGUUCUCUUGAUGUUCAGUAAUGUGUUUUUGAAAGUGAUGCUGUUUUGAGAAGUACUUUGAAUAAAGUACUUAGUUUUUAUUUCUCAAAAUACUAAUCCAAUACAAGAAAUACUAUUAGGUACAACUAGUUUGGGGGUGAUUUUGUGAUAGACUAAGAUGGUGACUGUUGAGAGUGGUGCUGCUGUUGUUCCCAUCCCUAUUUUGGGUCAGAAUGUUUACAGUAUGCCUCCUGAAGUGAGGGUGCCCCCCUUGAGCUAUAAUGGGGGGUUGUUGGAACCCUGUCCGGGUCCGGCCCCCAGUGAUAGACCACAGCGACAAGGACAAGCUCAACUAAACGACUGGCCGAUUGAAUAUUGGGAAGGGCAGCCAGUGGAGCAGGAGUUGGCGACAAAAAUGUUACAAAUUCAGUCGAAACGAUUUUACCUAGACGUCAAACAAAAUAGGAGAGGACGAUUUAUCAAAGUAGCUGAAAUUGGAGCCGACGGAAGGCGAAGUCAAAUAUUCCUGGCUCUGUCGACAGCCGCCGAGUUCAGAGACCACCUCUCCACGUUUAGCGAAUACUAUUCAUCAUUGGGUAAGUUGGGUCCACCCAACCCCGAAAAUGUCCCCGACGAUGGAAAACUUAAAUCAGAAAUGAUGAUUAAAGAAAACCGACGCUAUUACCUCGACCUUAAAGAAAACGCACGUGGAAGAUUUCUUAGAGUGUCGCAAACGAUAACGCGAGGCGGCGGUCCGCGGUCGCAGAUAGCGAUUCCGGCGCAGGGCAUGAUUGAGUUCCGCGACGCACUCACCGACCUACUGGAGGAGUUCGGCACCGACGACGGCGGCUACAAGGGCGAGCUGCCCGACGGCCGGCACAUGCGAGUCGACAACAAGAACUUCUACUUCGACAUCGGCCAGAACAACCGCGGCAUCUAUAUGCGCAUAUCCGAGGUGUUGCAGGUGAAAGCCAACUUCCGGACAGCGAUCACCGUUCCGGAGAAGUCGUGGGCGCGGUUUCGCGACAUCUUCGCCGACUACUGCGACAAGAUGAAGAACGAGGGAGGUGGCAGCGGUGGCGGUGGUGGAGGCGGCUCGUCCGGUGACAAGGGAGCUGGCGGCGCGGACGGAGGUGCCGCCCCCGGCGGAGGAGGCGGAAACCAGGGCUCGUCCAAGUGAGGUCGGCCCCCCCAGCCACCCUUGGUCGUGUGCUACCCCUCGUCAUCGCCUGCUCCGCGUCGUCACUAGAGUGUGCCGCCGCCACACCAACACACUCACACACACACAGUCACAUUUGAUCCCUCCAAGUUAGUGACUAUAUCUAGAGAAGUCAGGAAAAGAAAGGAAAUACAUAACGAGCUAUUUGUAGAAGUUGCAUCAACUUACAAACUAUCAACAGAUUGCUUCAGAUCGAGAUGGGGAAAUAUAAAUCCUAUUUAUCUAGAGGAUUCAUGAGGAUCGCAUGAUUUGUAAAGUUUUUAUCUACUUGCAAAUUAUGAUAGAUAUUGAGACUGGAUUGGCUAGAGUAGAAUUCGAGAGCUUGCAUAAAGGACUGCAAUUGGAAGAUUGACAUCCGUUGAAUUGAAUUGUUAUUGAAAGAAUAUUUAGGAUCGAAAUUGAGAAAUGACCAUCAAUUGAAUAGUAACUGCAUGAAAUAAUGUGAGUAGGCCUAUCGUAUGAGGCUGAUACUCACAGAGUGUUUAACACCUUCAAGACUUGCGUAUGCUACAGCAGAAAUGACCUUACUAGUUGAUGUAUUAGAACUACGUAUUAUAACAUCUACGUAAAUUAUUGAGAUCAGAACAUCAAUAAGAAUGAUAACUGUUUUGCAAACUACAUAGAACAUCUAUGUAACUCAACUGCAAUUGAAUAACAUUUAGUUUUAGAUGGGAAUUGAAAUUAGAUUGAGAGUGGAAGAAAAUACUCUACAAAAGAUACUAAACAGUAAUGAUAGUUUACAGAAAAACUUCAGAAUGCUAUAAAUCUGCAAUGUUUUGAAAACUUGACGAGAUCUUUGAAACAAGAGGAUGUUUCUAAACAGUUUUGAUCAGUAGUUGGUACAUCGAUAGAACUGAUAAUAUUUCAACAAUAGAAAUUCUACAUAGUUGAAGAGGUAACCGUACUUGUCAACGUUCUCGAUAGUUUUUGAAAUUUUAUUCUGGGCAAUUUGUGUGUGUGCGUGUGUUCGGACUUGACCGUUGUGUGUGUGUGUGUGCGCGCGCAGACGCUCGCGUAGAGGUGGAUUUGAAAUUUGCGCAGAAACAUCUCGACCAAAGGCAAGCGAGAAUUCAUGUCUACUGAGUUUUAAUUGGACGACAAAUAAUGUUGAUGUGUGUGUGUGUAAGUGCGUGCGGAGGCAUGUAUGACGUCAUUUUCGAACUCGUCGCUUCGAGAUGAUGAAUGAUUCUCACUCACAACAACAAACAACCAUCUGAUGAUAUUCACAACAAUCUCCAAGAAAAAAGUGCUGGUGUGUUUGAUUGUGUAUCGUUUGUGAGUUGAAGUACAAUGAAAUAAUGUCGAUGGAUCCAAGAGUGGAAUGGAACAUGGAUGGUAAUAGUAAUUCAAUUGUAAAGUAAAGUUUGUGGGGUACUAAAAAGUACGAGAUAGAAUUUUUUAGCUUCGUUGAAUCGUCUGCAUGAAGAGAAAUACACACAUAUUGGCUGAAAUUUGUUGAUACUGCAAUUUUCUUGAAGGUUUCAGUAUCAUCAUGUGUUGGAUUUGAUAUAAUCGAAGUUUUUGGGAGAACUUAUUUAAAAAUAUCAUGAAUUUGUUCAUUGUAAAGUAUUGAUUUUUUGUUCUUUUACUCAUACAACUAGUAAUUUAACAGUUGUAGUAUAACGUUAUCAGUAGUUGAUUAAAUUCUUUUCAAUACACAAAAUAUUAAUAAUAAUUCGUUAUUUUAUUGUGCAUAUUGCUUUCAAAAUUAUAAAUUUACACAAAGUACAUAAAAGUUUAUGUAGGCAAACUUGAUAAUAAUAAUGAAUUUGUUUGAGAUAUAAUAGUCAAAAUUUACGUAAUUAGUUUUUGUUUUUCAUUGAACAAUAUGAUAUGUUUGUAUAAGUUUGACAAAGUAGAUAUAUUUUUUAUAUUCAUAUUUUUAAUAAGUUGACAGUUUUUGUUCUACUUGCAUUUUUAUUUUUUUUGAAAAUAUUGAAACAAGUUUUUGACCAAAAAAAAGUUUCGAUCACUAUGAUCUAUGAACUUGAAGUUUGUUCAAACGAGUUGAAAUUAGUACAGUAUCUGUCUGGUCUGAAAGCCCUUGGAAUUGUUUGUAUUUCUCGUUGUGUGGAUUGUUCAAGUGGAGUAUGCGCCAAGCGCAGUACGUCCUGUCAGUCUUAAGGCUCGAUUUCAAGGUCAAGGCAACCUUAAGUUUGAGGAAUUGCUGACGGGGCGUAAAAGUUGUUUGUUGCAGAAAUAUAUGGCUUUAUUUUAUUUGCUAGUAGUUUAUUAAUGCGGUCUGUACGUCAAAAUGUACAAGAUUUCUUGUAGAUAAGAGAAGAGAAAAUGUUAUUAUGCUUUAUUUGAUUGCUUUAUUUGUUGGUUGUGUAAUAAUAUGUUGGGUUUAUAGAAAAAGAAAGAAGAACGUGUAAAGAGUGUUAUGCUUUUGUUUGAAGAGUUAUAAAAUGUUUUAAAAACCAAUAAAAACAACGGGCUGGUGGUGUUGAAAGUGAUUAUAUUAUUGAAAAAAGAUUAUAUUAUAUAAAUAAUUAUAUAUUAUAGAUGAAUAUUUAUAGAAUGGACUCGAAAUGCAAGAGGGGAGAGAAAAGUGAAAAAACUUUGCAAAAUAAUAAAUAAAUUUGUACAGUAAGCGUGAAUUGAAAAUAAUCUAAUUGGAUGGGAGGUUUCCCUAGGGAGAAUCUCCUGUCGUAUUCCGUCUAAUCUGCGUUUCUUUAUUUCUAUCGAUAUUUCAAAAGAAAAAUGUUCUUUUCUCUUGAAUUUUAAAAAGAAAAUUGAUGAAUACCUGUGCAAGAGUAGAUAACUUUUCUAGUCCUCUCCCACCCCUCCUCUACUUAACGCCCCCUAACGCAUUUGAUUUUUAAAAUUGAAAUUUUUGUAGUAAUUAUUUGUUGGUGUUUGAAAAAUUAUAUUGUAAGUUCACUCACACAUCCUGUCACUUUUCCAAGCACAGAUGAUGAUAAAUAGUCCCAUAAAUCAAUCAUAAUAGUUCAGCUCUGCUCCCGGAUUCGCUUACUCACGAAUCCUAGGUAAUAUAUAUUUGUUAUUAGUAGUUGGUAAAUUCACAAACAUUGUUUUACUACUAAUGAUGACUAUUCUUACAUUAUAAAUAUAAUAAUAUACAAUUAGUUACCAAAAUUUGUGUAUCAAGUGAUGUCUCUGUAUAAUUUCUGUUCAACUAAGUAGUGCCGACCAUGAAUAAUUAAUUAUAGUAGAUACAAUUGCAAGGAAGCCGAUCGUUUUACCAACAAUCCUAACCGAUCAAAAUCCGGGCUUGUCGGCAUUUGUUGAGUCGGGUAACUGGUUUUGACGGUGAGUCGGUUUGUCGGAGAAAUGGUUGGCCCCUUCACCCCAACCACGAAUGGCUGGUCCAGACGUAUGUUGUGGGUGAAUAUUUGUACGAGUGUCUCAGUAAUUAAUUAUUAUUAUUUAUUAAGAGUUUAUAAUAAUAAUCGUCUAAGUAGGUAUCAGUGUUCGAUUUGUUUGAACGAAAGUUAUUAAUAAUUACGAGCAGAUUUAUUUUUGUAUUAUAUAAACAGUGUUUAAGUUUGAACGUUGUUCCACAUCAUGAUGAUGAAUGCAUGAUAAUGUGUAUGUUGAAUUCUUUAUCUAUGGUUAGAUAUAUUAUUAUAUAUAUUAUUACAGAUUAUAAAAUGAGAAAAAUAUAUGUGAAUUGUUAUUUUUAAUCAAUUGUAUUAAUUGCAGAUAAAUUUUAUUGAUGCUUUCUACACACGAUUGUAAUAAUUUAUAUUUUGAUGUUUUUGGAUUGGUCGAAUGUAGAAUAUAACAACAGUGAUAUAAUAAUUGAAGAGAGUGAUUGGGGAAGGUUUUUCCGGGUAUUUAGGGUUUAAAAUUAUAAUUAUUUCUAUAAUCAGUUGAAUUAUUGACCAAGUUGUUUGUGUUUUGAUUGAAAAAAAUAGUGUGAAGCACCACAGCAGUGAUUCGUGCCAACAACUAUAAAGUGUUGACUCAGCGUUUUGUUGUUAGAUUCUGCUACUAAUAAUUAAUUGAAAGUUUUAAAACAGUGUCUUGAAUAAAAUAUUGUUGAGUGUGCGCUACUCAUGCGUUAGACUGGGCUACAUUAACCAAUCGGCAAUUACGUCAACUAGUGUCAGCAUCUCGAACUAGUGGUGUGGGUUAUAUCUAGAAAAACGAAGAAUUGUAAGUUUGUUCUUUGUAAUUGAAAGAACUACUUGGUUAAUUUUUUAGCAAUUACACUGCCAUUUACAUUUCCCUAAAUGCGAAAAGCGACACUCCAUAUUGUGAGAUCAGAAUAUUUCAUUGAAAUUUAAGAAGUAAAUAUAUAUUAUUAAAUAUAAUAUAGAAAUUACAAGACAGUUAUAUAUAUUAAAUAUAUUUAAUGAUGAGGAUUGAAAACGUAAACAAAAUGUGGUGAGUAUAUAAAUAAUAUGUUUUAUUACUAUGAUUUAUUAUUAAAAUAAUAAUUCUGACAAGAUAGAGUGUGUUAGGCAUUAAUGGUGUUAUAAUACUUAUACCUACAUUGUACUUUUCCUUGUCGAAAUUCACUAGAAUUCAUUAUUUUCUGAUUAAGGUUAAACAUUUCAUGCAUUGUAAAUAGGAAAAUAAUUUAAAAUAAACUUGAAUCUAAGAAUACAAUGAUUAAAAAGCUAGGAGAUGAAUUUUUAAAUAUCAGUAAUUUGUGCACUCCGUUUCAAUGUCAUGUGAAGAAUAUGAUUGUAUGGAUAUGAAACUAUACAAAUGACAUGAUACAAUAUGAUAAUGUAACGGGAUGCAGAAAUGGUUUAAAUAGGAAAGUAAAGCAUUGCGUGCGUUAGGGAUUGUAAUCACAAUGUAGGAAUGAUAUGAAAGGUGGGUGAUGAGAUAGGAUUGCCAAGGCUGCCAGUGUAUCAUUCUUCAGCUUGCUGUCAACUAAUGCCGCAACUCUCUUCUUUAUUUCUUUCUCAUGCAUUUUGUCAGUUGCCGUUUCGUUUUCCACCGAUUCUUCUCCAUCUGCACCUUCCAUACAUUGCAGCAUACUAACCAAGCCUUGGUACUUGAGAGGGUACAAGCUGGUUGUAUCAUCACACGUCUCAGCCACACAGCACUUGAAUGAAUAAAUUACAUUUGAAAUUUUCUCACUUAAACUAGGAUUCUCAAUUGAUCGAAGCAAUAUUUCAUUCAUUAUACUUGUUGCCGUUGAAAAUACAAUUCUAGACCUUGAACACCAUUGUGUAGUUGGAUGUUCCCUUAUACUGUUUUUCGAGUCUCUUUCGUUGAUACUUUUCAUAAGCAAACUGAUAAUUCCAAUUUCUAAACAUUCGGGGUCCUUCGACAGAACUACUUCCAUCAGUUCCAAAUUGUUGGACGUCAUGUUUCUUUCUGUAAAAAAUAGAUAAAUUAUUGUUAGCUGUGAUAACUUAGAUCAAAAAUAAUGUUUUUCAAAGAUUUAAUCAAUAACUCAAUUUUAUCGUUUUUGUUUUGUACAACAUCUCCUCAUCAUUUUUCCUUUCAGUUUCGGAUAGUUAUAGUUUUAUUCAAUUCUUACAAACCAGCUUCUUUGUUAACACUAAAAAAUGUUUGGACUAAACAUGAAAUGUAAAAAGAACAUAUUGAAGGGUAACUUCGAACAUCAUCAUGCUCGAAGCUUACGAUAUAUUUCUUUUUUACAUUUUCAUAAUCUAGACCAGUAAUUGUGUACAUUGUUAGCAAAAAAGUUGUUCAGUCAACUGCCGAUAUAAGGAUCAAGUAAAUAAAUAUACUCUAGUCUCGAAUUUAUUCUUUUUGAUGAGGAGUGGAUUUUUUUUCUAGGUCAAUAAUAAAUUGUUAUAAUUGUUCCUUAUGAAAUUUAAUUAUACUUAAUUAUUUCAACUAUUUGGAAGAGAGAGUGCUCUAUCUGCUUACUUUCUUCCAUUUUUGUUUCAUGUCACCAAUAACAUUAAUUUCUUGAUUCAUAAUACAGUAUACCUUCUGUAUAUUAGUGGUCCAGUUCUUAUGUUCUUUUUAUUUUUCCUCUGUUUUCUAUUAUCAUUUUAUGAAUGAUCAUCUCAAUUAUUGCUUGUGCAUUUUUAAAUAGCAAAUUCUGCUAUAAUAUCCCUCAUGUUUAUCAAAUUUCCUUAUCACUUUUAAAUAGAUUCCAUUAAAUGUAUGAAUUAAGGUAUUGAGUAUUCAAUAAAAUCAUAUAAACGAAAAUCAAGGUCAAACUUGAAUAGGUCCAAAAAUGAUAAGAAAUUAAAAAGUGGUUUUCGCAGCUCAAAUGUAGGCAUUAUUGAUUGGACACUUGUGAUUCAUCAUCAUCACCAGUUGAUGAAUGAAUUUAGUUUUGGGGAUAAAUGACUGGAAAUUUAAAAUAAUAAAUAUAAAAAAAUAGUUUCAUUAUAUUAAUACUAUAUAAUUAUGUUACUUGUAUGAUUAUGAAAGAAAUAUUUACACAUUGGUUUUAACCAAGUAAAUGUUGAAGAUUCUAAUAAUUUUAAGUGCUUUGUUUCUUUGGUAUGCUUUGUUCUGUGUUAACAGUUAGAUUGUUAUGCAUGUUCGGUCUGAAAAAUAUGUACAAAAAUUACUAUUAGAGAUCUUGAAAUCAAUGUUUGAAAUCUAAUUGCUGGAUUCCAGAGUUUGUUUAAUGAACUUGUCUUUGAGUGUGGUCUCUUAAAAAAAACUAUCAUUAGGCUAGCUCAUAAUUAUUAAAAUAAUUUUGAACUAAAUUUUGGAAGCUCCGAAUCUAAUGCUGGUUAGAUCACAUUUUUAUGUUACUUUUUACAUUGAAAGAGCCUAUAAAAUUACAAUAUGGAAAACGAUGAACGCAUAGAGAUAACUUUUUCAUUUGCAAUGUAAUGAAAAUUCCAUAUUAUGUUCGCUAUCCAAAAAAUUAUCCAUAUAAUUUAAAAAGCAAUUCCACUUGAAAUAAAUUACCAUAUAUUUUUUGGUUGAAUUAAAUAAUAAAUUAUACUUUAUUGAUACUAGCCUACUAGAAAAAAAUAUAUGCUGACACUUGCACUAGUCUUUUCAUAAAUCUAUUUCCACUCAGUUUAGGAUAAAAUUGUGAAAUUCUUUAUUUUAUUACGACUGGACAAAUUAUUGUAAAAUGAGCCAAUGUAUUUAUAAUAAUUCAACUCUUCUUUAAUUAAUUUUGGUUAUUGAUAAGUUGAGUGAAUUCAACCUAACGGCAUUCUGUUGAACUAUAUUAUUCUUGUCUCUACUCGUUAUCAGUUUUCACAUGUAAUCAUUAUAAAGGUUCGCAGGAUAUUUAUUCUUUUUCUUAUUUUGUUGCAAGAAAAUAAAACCAUGUUACAGUUUGUUAAA